UUUUAGAAUAUCUGCUUGAUUCUUGUGACCAGUUUGAAGGAAAUAACGGCAGAUUUUUCGCAUCAAAGGUUUUGCUUUGCUUGUCUAAAUUCAUCGUCUGUUGCCUCCAGAAAUUCGAUUAUUUUACAGUGGAAAUCCUUCACAAAAUCAAGAUAGUUCUCAAACGUAUACUUCACUGCUCCUUAUUCGACUGCCAUACUAAGGUUCUUUACUAUCUUUACUUGCAGUCACAUAUGACGCACCAUUUCAUGUUAAACGAGAUGAACGAUCAUCUCGACAGAACUAUACAAGAUUACUUAGUUCAAAAUACAAUCUGUAAUUGGUCCACUUAUAAAGUUGGGAAGUAUGCAGCCUCUCAAGGUUCGUGGUCAGUAGCUGCUUUUGCAUUUGAUUCUCUGAAGACCAUUGUUAUGUCAAAGGCUUCGUAUUUAUGGCUAAAGUCAUUGGAGCAGUUGGCUCAGUCUGAAAUGAAAAUUCAAUUUCUUUUUCCUCCAAAACAGGUUGAGUGGAAAAUAAAACUGCAUGAAAAUAUGGAUAGGCUUAUUGGAGCCCUCAAUGGUAUUCAGUCUUCAAGAGAGAGUUUACGAACCAUUGAAACUAGUCAUGGAGUAUUUUCUUUCCAGAGGUGGUUUAUCUCUAUAAGACAAAGGAUUCUGGAGUGUACUCUAGAUAUUCUUAAGCUUUGUGGAGAUUAUGAAAUCCAAGUAGAAAAGAAUAUGCAAAUAUCCUUUCGGUUAUUGAAGAUAGCACGAGAACUCGAUCUAAUAACUUCGUUUUUGUCCUUAGAAAUGAAUAAGAGAAAUUUGGAGAUCUUCCAAGCACUUGCACUAAGUUGUUCUAUGCUGGCUUUCACCACUGGAUUUUCUCUGUCGUAUUCUAACAUUAACGAUGGUUCAGAAAAUUUGGAUAAUUUAAAUGGUACAUUAGUUCAUGACUUAUUCUGCCGCUUGGAACUUGUUGAAGGGGAAGCCACAAAAGAACUCGGCUCACUUUUGAGGAUUUAUGGGCCAACCAAAUGUUUUUCUUUUCUGCAUUCGCGGAAUCGGGUCUCAAGUAGUAAUGGGGAUGCAAAAGGCUUACUUAAGAUUUGUGGUGAUGCAGUUACAGCUGUUGUUGGCAUGGUAUUUAAAACCAACCCAGGAAAUGAUGGAACUAGUCGCCAAAUUCCAUCGGAUGGCUUGCAACUUCUGUUGGAUACAAUAGCAAAAUGGAUGCACAUCCCUUUUCGAAUGCCCAAGCGGUUUUUUCAAAUGAGGCCUUUCAUUUCUUGCGAACUCUUUGCCUCAAGUUCAACUAAAUAUCAGGAGGAGAUUUCAGUCAAGCAAGGCUUCCAUUUAUCGCUAAAUCUAUGCAUCCAGUUGAAGAACAUUCCAGAUAAUUCUUCUUUCCGUCUGACCAAACUUUAUUGUAUCCUUCAAUGUAAAUCAUCCUCUCGUGUCUUGAACCGACAUUCAGAGGAGAAUAUGGAGGUUGAUGGACCAGAAUAUGAGGCAGAUGACAUGGUAGAUUUGAACAACAAGUUAUUUCAGCAUAUUGUAAACGAAAGCAAUAGGAAUAGCGGCGAAUCAAACAAGAAAAAGAGUGACGACGAAGAUGUAUUUAUUGUGGAAACAGUUGUGUCCUUUGAACCUAAUGAGAGUGGGAUUGGCUUCUCCACUUGCUUGUUUGAUGUUUCAAAUUUUGGUGUUGGAUUUUAUAGGAUUAAAUGGCAUAGCUGUUGUUUAGACAAUGAAGAUUCUUGUUGGAGCCUUUUCCCUCUAAAUUCUGCUCUUGAUUUUACAGUUGUUCAAGAAAUUAAUCAAUAAAUGGUUAGAUUUUCCCAUAAUCUUUUGCUG